CAGUUUAGAACCCGGCUGCUGAAGGAGGGCAUUGCUGUUGCAGCCCCGAAGAAAGGAGGCAAGAAGAAACUGGGGUUCCCUUUGGCCCUGUUUGGGGGCACUCCGGACGUCAUGGAGGACGGUAUCUAUGUGCCUCCAGAUCUGACACCAGAGGAGAGGCUAGAGUUGGAGAACAUCCGGCGACGGAAGCAGGAGCUCUUGGUGGAAAUCCAACGCUUGAGAGAUGAACUCAGUGAAGCCAUGAAUGAGGUGGAGGGGCUGGAGGCCAAUGAGGGAAGUAAAACUCUACAGAGAAACCGGAAGAUGGGGAUGGGGCGUAAGAAGUUCAAUAUGGAUCCCAAAAAAGGAAUACAAUUCCUGGUGGAAAACGAACUUCUGCGUUCCACACCUGAGGAUAUUGCUCGCUUCCUUUACAAAGGGGAAGGCCUCAACAAGACAGCCAUUGGGGACUACCUUGGCGAGAGGGAGGAGUUUAAUAUUGGUGUGCUCCAUGCCUUUGUUGAUUUGCAUGAAUUUACUGACCUCAACCUAGUGCAAGCACUCAGGCAGUUCCUGUGGAGUUUUCGACUACCAGGAGAAGCCCAGAAAAUUGAUCGCAUGAUGGAAGCCUUUGCUCAGCGCUACUGUCUGUGCAAUCCAGGGGUCUUUCAGUCUACAGAUACUUGUUAUGUCCUCUCUUUUGCGGUGAUCAUGCUAAACACCAGCCUUCACAACCCCAACGUCCGAGACAAGCCCACAGUUGAGAGGUUCAUCACUAUGAACCGUGGUAUCAAUGACGGGGGCGACUUGCCGGAGGAGUUGCUGCGGAAUCUGUACGACAGCAUCCGUAAUGAGCCCUUCAAGAUCCCAGAGGAUGAUGGGAACGACUUGACCCACACAUUUUUUAACCCCGAUCGUGAGGGCUGGCUCCUCAAGCUGGGAGGACGGGUGAAGACCUGGAAGCGACGCUGGUUCAUCUUGACUGACAACUGCCUCUAUUACUUUGAAUACACCACAGAUAAAGAGCCAAGAGGCAUCAUCCCACUGGAAAACCUAAGCAUUCGGGAAGUAGAAGACCCACGGAAACCAAAUUGUUUUGAACUCUACAUUCCCAAUAACAAGGGCCAGCUAAUCAAAGCCUGUAAGACUGAGGCAGAUGGACGUGUGGUUGAGGGGAAUCAUAUGGUCUACCGCAUCUCGGCGCCUACACAGGAAGAAAAAGAUGAGUGGAUUAAAUCCAUCAAGGCUGCUGUAAGCGUGGAUCCUUUUUACGAGAUGUUGGCUGCCCGCAAGAAACGGAUCUCAGUGAAGCAGAAACAGGAGCAGGCAUGAGGUGGGGAUUAGCUAGUUCCCAUCCUUUCCCCUCUCUGUACAUCCUCCUGUAUUAUCUCUCGGAUCUUCUGACAAACCCACCUGGGUUGAACUCCAUGAAACCAACCAUUCCUAUCGUGGGUCCACCACACUACUUGGCCAGUCUAAUGGCAUGCCAGCAUCCCACUGCCUCCACUCACUCAUCCCCCCAUCCCCAGAGCUUCCUCUAGCCCUGUGGGAGUUUGCCAGUGGGACUUGAGCUUGGGCAACUGCCACAGUGCCGCAACUUCAGGGAAUGGAUGCAUUCUUUGUGUUUUGAGGCAGCUUCUCCAAACCGAAUUAAUCUUCAGCCUUCAUCAGACAGAGUCAGAUGUUUUGAAGCAUCUCAGUUAACCCCAGCACACCUUGACUAGGGGCAAUCAGCUUUGAUCAUGGUAAACGAACAUUUCCUACUUUGACUGGACUUCUUCGUUCUGCUUCCCAACAUAACAGCUGGUCUGCAUGUCUGAGAAGAAAAAAAAUGGAAAAACCCUUUCAGACUAUUGGCAGUUUAGAACGUGGGGAAGCCCUUAUUUUCAUUCAUCGGUUACAGAAAAAUCACACCUUGCUCGCCUAAGCCAAGCACAUCAGGGAGUAAUCUAGCAUGUCUUUUGAACUGCUAGUUUUCUGUGUUUCAGGAUCACUCACGUCAUUUAAUUUCCCCAAACUGCUUUCUGAUGCCGAUAAUCACAGGAGCAUUUUUGACAUGCUUUUUCUCUGUAGGAUGUCCCUUUGAGUUUGUUGCCAAACCAGUCACAUUGUGCAUCCAAGAAAGCAGUAUUCUGGGUCUGGCACACUAAUGUUUAUAAGCACCCUAUUUCCCAUUAUUUGGGCUUAAGAAAGGAAGUAAACACACCAACAACAACCAGCUGGGGCCAGAGAGCCAGACAAUUAAACUAUACACACUGACAUAAUUUUGAACACUAUUUGUAGCCUUCAACAGGAAUAACUGACACAUUUGUGACUGACAGCUUGUAAUUGUUCAUUGUUAGGCCCAGAAAUCAUGGUUCCCAAACUUCCUUGACUGCCAAGCAAAAAUUGUCUUAUGGAGUCAUUAGAACAUUGCCUCUACCGCUAAUUCUCCCUGAUCUUUCCUGCCUCAAGUGUAGCAGCAAUAUAUGUGGGGCUUCCUUCUGUAGUUAAUUCAAUACAUUUUUUGGUGGCUUACAGAGGAAUUCAAACAAGAACACUGUCAUGUUAUAACAUGAUCAUUAGGACACUCCCUAAUUGGGUGAUGACAAUUCUGUUUCUGUAGAACUGCAACAAGAAUUGCCUUUCUGCAUUAUCUUUUUCAGAUUCAGAUUUUUAAAAUUCUGGAAACAGUUUUCUUCAUUUAUAAUAAGUCAUUAUAUUAUCAGGAUGUUUAAAAGACUGUAUCUCCCAUUUUUCCAGAACUCAUUUAUACUUGCACAUUCAGGUUAUAAGAUCAGAGAACAAUAAAGAAGGAAGAGAGAAAGAGCUUAUGGAUUGGAAGAAAAAUUAGUCUGUGUAAUUAGUUGUGUGCAUAUUAGGAAAUGCAAAAACAAAAGAGUCCUUGAUUUACAACCAGUCUCUUAGCAACCAAAAUUACAACAUCCUCACUCCCCAAGAGCCAAGAACCCAGAUUCAAAGUUCCAAUAGCUGGGGCCCCACCCCACCCUGCAAUGAUUACACUUUGGGGUUUUGGCAAGAAUCUUGCAUUAUAUGGCCAUUUUCAACUUCCCAUGGUUACAAGACUUAAAUUUACCAAGUUUUUUGCAAAAAAACCUGACAUUUACUUACUGGCAAAAACACCCCCAUUGCAGACAUAGGCCCCCAAAAUGUUGAAAAUUGAAGUGGGACCCAUUUUAACAACUAGAAAAAUGUAUGACCAUAAUUCCAGGCUCAAUUAAGUCAAGGGCAACCUGUAAGUUGUUGUGUUACACUUUUUCCUUUUCCCACCUUCUCCAAGACUUAAGAAGUUUGCUCUUCCCAGUGAUAGCCUCAUCUGACUGGCUUCCCAAGGCCAUCUCCUACUCAAGUGAGAGGGAUAUUGUACUUCUUUAUCUUGCAACUCGCAGCUCCAAAUCUAGUCCACCGUUGCUUUUCCUCAGGUUGUCUCUUAGGUAUAACACCUUGGAGCCUGAAGGCUUUUUCAAACCCCCAAGCUGAGCAUU